UGGCUGGUGGCUGCGAGCAGAGCACAGCAAUUGCCCCCACCCUCCCUGUCGCUGCACCCCAGCCAGGGGAUAGAAGUGGGGGACAAUGUCACCCUGCGCUGCCACCUGCCCCGGCCAGCUGCCUGGGUCCAGCUCUGCCAGGAAGGAGGUUUCACCCCCUGCAUGAAGAAGUACGACGUUCAGGACAUGGCCGUGUUCUCCUUUGCUGUCACAAAGUGGGUGCACACAGGGACGUAUCGGUGCCAGUACCGGGCGUCUGAGCCAGCAGAGACGUCAGAGAAGAGUGACCCUGUGGAGCUGGUGGUUACAGAUCACUGCUUCUCCCCACCUGGCAUUUCCGUGAGCCCCACGGGACGUGUGGGGAUGGGGGCCAACAUCACCAUCCGAUGCAGGAACUCGUACCAAGGGGCCACCUUCCUGCACAAAGACGGGCACUCGGCCCCUAUCCAGCAGCAGGACUCUGAUGGUGGGGGCACGGCCACCUUCACCCUCUUUGGGGUGACUCCAGCUGACACCGGCACCUAUAGGUGCUCCUACCACCCCAAGGGCUACCCCUUUCUGUCCUCCCCCCUUGGGGAAAGUGUGACACUGGAGGUGACACCCACACCUGCCCUCCCAGGUGGUGGCUGGAGCUGGGAACACCCAAACAGCCAGACCACACAGCACCCAAUGGGAGAGUCCCAUGGGAACCUGGUGCUGGCGGUCUUGAGGGUCUGUGCUGCUGCCCUCGUCUUCAGCCUCGGCGUCUUCUUUGUCCUCAGUGCCCGUAACCUCUGGGUACGGAGAGAUGGGAGCCCUGCAGGGGAAAAAGUGAAAUAGAUUUCAUCUCUGAUUCUGAUCCCAAAUGCCUCCUGCCUGCGCUUUGAUCCCAUAUACAUAUCCUCAAGUCUCCUCCACCUUCUCUUCUACCCUCUAUAAAUCCCCAUUACUCUCCCCUGCUGUCGGUUCCAUCUUCUAUCCAUCCCCACUCCACCUACCUCGGGACACCCCAGUAACUCCCACCCAGCUCCACUCUCCGUUUGGAGGCAGGUGCCUACUCCCAUAUCCCCAAGGCCAUGCAGUUGCAGGUCAGUCUGGGACCAGGGACCCUCCGUCCCAAACUCCCCCCUCAAAUCCCAUACCAGAACCUUAUUACCUGCCCAUGUGAACCCUAACGGACCCACAGUUCAUGUGGUUACCCUGACAUUAUGUGCACCUCCCAGUAAGAAUCGAGAUUUAUGGAACCCAAAAUCUACAUCAUGGGGACCCACAAAUGCUAAUAUUCACUCCAAAGAUCCCAAGGAGACACCAAACCUAGCAAUGGCACUCCCAAACUACAUCUGUAGAGAACCCCAGAUUCUGAUCCAUGCCAAAUGCAAUCUAUGCUACCCACAGCACUCCCAACCCUGCAUCCUGAGCACCUCCAGACAGACUAAAGGGACUGCCAAAAAACCACCCAUGCAGAUCCCCAUUUGAUGAACCCCAAAUAUACAUACACCAAACCCCCUGAACUCAUCUUUUAAGGACACAAACGCAAACUUUAUGCGCAUUACGUUUUCCCCACCUCAACCAGAUUGAGGACCCCCAUGGUGGCUCCCCACUCUUCCUUUUGUAGCUCAGAUGCCCCUCAGCCACAGGAAGGGUCUGACAUAUAUUGAGCUGUGACCUCCAAACCCCACUGUCUGCAUUGAGAUGGGUGCUGGAGAACUCUGCUGAUGCCUCCCACAGUGCCUCGUUGUUACGGUGCACUGAGGGGAACAUUUCCUGCUAGGGGCUCUAUGGAGCUCUGUUCACCCUGCAGACUCCCCAAAUCCCCAAAUUCUAUCGCUCUCCAAUUCUCACUGGUGCACCACAAAUACUUCCCAAUCACUCAAAAUCCCCAUUUGCUCAUCCCUUGCCUCAACCCCCUCCUGAUCUCCCCCAGAUAUUCCAACACACACUGGCACCCCACAUUCUCACUGGUGAAUCCCAAAUUCCUUCCCAAUCCCGCUAAGUCCUCAUCUCUAACCUCAUAAUCCUUCCUUAUCCCCCCUCCCGUAACUUAACAUUUUAUCAGAACCCCAAAUCCACCUCAAAACCCCACCACCAUUCCUUUAGAAACCCAGAUUCUUCCCAGUCCACUCCUCAACCCCACCACCAGCCUUGUGAGACCUUCACAACUGUGCCCAUCCAGCCCUUCUAUAUACAUCCCCAUAGUUUCCCCUCCCCCACGUUCCAUCCCCUAUACAUCACCAGUAGCCCCUCCAAGUGCCCCCUGCUUCCCCUGCUGUCCUGGUUUGAGUGUAGGAUGGUGGCUGAUGAGCAAUUGUAACAUUUCCGUGCUUAAUAUUAUCACUGCUGUUAUUUCUGUCUCGCUUUUUGGCCUAGUAAAUCACUUUUAUCUCCA